GCCGGCCACAGCCAUUGGAAAAAUAUAAAGGAGACAAAAGAAUUGAAAGAUGCCCAGAAACAAAAAACCUUUAGCUUGGUUAUCCGGAAAAUCAAAAUUGCUGUACAAGGAAAUGGAUCAACCAAUCCAAAGCUAAACUCUUUUUUGGCAAAAGUUCUAGAGGAAGCCAAAGCCAAAGAUAUACCAUCUUCUACGAUAAAUACUGCACUGCAACGAUUUAAAGGACCUCAGUUUUUUGUGGAGGGCAGAGCUUUGUCAGGUUGUUCUGUCAUUGUCGAGUCAUUCUCAGAUAAACCAAAAUGGUUCAGACAGUCUGUCCAACACAUCUUAAAAACUUAUGGUGGGAGAAUAGCAGAUGCUGGUUCCUGCUGCCACAUGUUUGAUUACAAAGGAGUUAUUUACGUACCCGGAACGAGCACGGACAACUCACGAGUCCUAAAUUAUGACAAAGCAUUUGAAUUGGCCAUUGAAGCUGGUGCUGAAGAGGUCGUGGAAGACUCAGAUGAGAAUGAUGAAAAGAUAUUUAAAUUCAUAUGUGAAACAAAAGAAUUGCACCAAGUGAGAAAAUCUCUAAUAGACUUAUCCCUACAUCCGUACGAAGCCAGAUUGGAGCAUAUACCCCAUACAUUUGUUAACAUCGAGAAGGAAAAUGUCGAUGUUGCCUUGAAACUUGUAGGUGACUUAGAAGCUCUUGAAGAUGCUAGCCAGGUGUUUCAUAAUAUUCAAGUGGCACAAACUUAA